AUGGAGGUUGGGAAAAAAAUUCAGCAAUUCAUUAGUUACUGGUACUUGCGGUACCUCCUGGUAACUGAGCUUUACAUGGUGGAGCCUUGGGAGAAAAUGAUUGUGCAUACACUUUUCGCCGUGCUUUUUGGACUUUUCUGGUACUUCAACUAUUCCGUUGUGACAACUUGCAUCUCACAGCUGCGCUCCACAACCGCACAUGACAUAGAACUAAUUUUAUGA